UUUUGGCGACUCAUCACUUCAUUCUGCUUUUUCGGCUCAUUUGGCUUUAGUUUUAUGUUCAAUAUGAUUUUCACAUACCGGUACUGCAUGAUGCUGGAAGAAGGUUCUUUCCGCGGCAGAAGAGCUGACUUCGUUUACAUGUUUUUGUUGGGAGGAAUUUUGAUGAUUUUGUGUGGCACUUUUGUACAAAUGGUGUUCCUUGGUCAAGCAUUCACCAUCAUGCUUGUAUAUGUUUGGAGUAGACGUAUUGCUUGCGGACAUUUCUACUUUUUCCUGGAAGACGUGUUCCCUUACCAACAGCACGGUACACGCUUGCUAGUGACACCUGGCUGGUUGAAAUGGAUAUUUGAUGAACGACAGGCAGAUCCUGUCCCUGAAGAGGAACGGCCAGGUGGUUUUGGAUGGGGUGUGGAAGACGAAUAG